AUGGGUCAAACUAAAUCUCGACUUCGUAGCUUUAAGAAAGGACAUUUGUCCGGUAAAGCUAAAGAUGAUGAAAAAUUUGAUAAAUUUGAUAAAACUAAUGAAUACAUGUGGAAAGAUUAUACAAAUACUUACACUGAUGAGCCGGAGGGAAGUGCUGAGUUGAAGGAAGAAGCUCUUGUGAGAUAUUCGGAUAAGUUUAACACUGAUCCAAAGAAUAGAAUGGCAUUGAAUGCUAUUUGCAACGAUGACAUGAAUAAAGUUUUAUUGAACCGAGAUGCCGCUAUAAAGGAUAUCCAUGUCUUUUCUGAGAAAAUUCAAUUGGAGGGUAAAGCGACUAACCAAAAAUCUUCUGGCCGUUGUUGGUUAUUCGCUGCUACCAAUGUGCUACGUUUAUUAAUCAUGAAAAAGUUCAAGUUGGAAGACUUUGAAUUAUCUCAGUCUUUCUUGUUCUUUUAUGACAAGCUUGAAAAGGCAAAUUUUUUCCUUGAGAACAUGAUCACGCUUGUAAAUGAAGAUGUUGAAUCACGUUUAGUUCAAUAUUUGAUUCUUGCUCCGGUUAACGAUGGUGGGCAAUGGGAUAUGGUGAUCAAUCUACUGGAAAAAUAUGGUGUAGCUCCCAAGUAUGUAUACCCUGAAACUUAUAAUUCAUCAAAUUCAGGUAAACUAAAUUGGAUUGUUACGACUAAACUUCGAGAAUUCGCUUAUCAAUUGCGAGAAAUGCAUGCUUCUGGAAAAAGCAUUGAAACGUUGCGACGUGUAAAAGCUCAAAUGAUGGAAGAGAUUUAUCGCAUUAUAGCAAUUGCUCUUGGAGAACCCCCUAAAAUGUUUGAUUGGACUUUUCGUGACAAAGAUGGGAAAUAUCGUGAAUUUCUUAGAUUGACACCGAAACAAUUUUAUAAAGAGUUCGUCAGCUAUAAGGCAACUGAGACAUUCUCUCUUGUGAAUGACCCUCGUAAUCCGUACUUACGUCUUUAUACAAUUGAAUUUCUUGGUAACAUCCAAGGAGGCGUACCAAUUCGCUAUGUAAAUAUUCCGGUCGAAACGAUGAAACACUUGACUAUCCAAACUUUACGAUCCGGAAAGCCGGUUUGGUUCGGCGCUGAUGUUGGAAAGGCUACACAAAGAUUACAAUAUGCUCAAAGUGCAAUGACACAUGCUAUGGUUUUUACUGGUGUUCAUCUUGAAAAUGACAAGCCUAUUCGUUGGCGUGUUGAAAAUAGUUGGGGGGAAGAUCGUGGAGAGAAAGGAUACUUCGUGAUGGCAGAUGGUUGGUUUGACGAUUGGGUUUAUCAAAUCGUGUUAGAAAAGAAAGACGCACCUAAUGAAUAUGUUGAAAUUUUGGAUCAAACACCACAUGUUUUGCCUGCUUGGGAUCCAAUGGGUGCACUGGCUGUUGAGCUUUAA